AUGGAGCUGACCAUCUUCCUCAAGAACAACAAAAACAUGUUCGCGUGGUCACCAUCUGACAUGCCAGGGAUCGACCCAAACAUCAUCUGCCACCGGCUCCAUGUCAACCCUGCUAGCAAGCCCGUGGUGCAAAAGAGACGCAACUUUGCUCCCGAGCGGGUCACGAUCAUUAAAGCCGAGAUUGACAAGCUCCUAGCUGCCGGUUUCAUUGAAGAGGUCUCCUACUCGGAAUGGCUGGCCAACGUUGUUCUGGUGGUGAAACAAGAAAAGGGAAAGAGUCGUAGGCUUUUGAAGAAUCCAAAAGGCUUGCUUGCUUUUGAAAAAAUAAUAAUAAAAUAA